CCAGUAUGACGCAGCCGGCUACAUUCCCUUCUUCGAGUAGAAGCAUAAUAACGAAGCUCCAAAACCCAUUCUCAACCCUACCAUUAGAUAUUAUCCGGGACAUACUUUCAAGGUUGGAAGGGAGGCAACUGUUGAUAGCCCAGUGUGUGAGCAAAGAGUGGUAUUCCUUGCUAGAAGACAUCAAGCUCUCUUAUACUGGGCAACCUCGGAUUCUCAUCCUCUUCUGUAUAUAUAAACACGGUGGUUUGAAAGUGAGAUCCAUAAGCCCUGAUCUUCGCAGUGAAAGAGUAUCCCCGUUCACAGGCCAUUUAUCUUUGUUCAAAACUGUCGAACAAUAUGAUUCUUAUCAGAAAAUUGCUCAUUAUAGUUGGAGGGUUCUGUGUUCAUGCAAUGGGUUUGUGCUGCUUCGGUUUGGAGAACACAUUGUGUUGUGGAACCCGCAUACGAGCUGGUCUAAGAAAGUUCUUCAGUUUCAAAGCCUCCUAGAUGAUAAGUAUAAGGUGGUCGGAGGGCUUUGUUACGAUCCAUCCACGUUAGAUCACAAAGUUGUGUUGUUGUUUAGUCAUGAACGUCCAGAAUACGGUGGUCAAUUUGUUAUUGUUUCAAGCCUCAAAAGUAAAGUGUGGCGAGGAGUGCCUUUUCCGUAUAACUAUCGUACUUCCCAAGCUGGGGUGAGCUUUAACAACACACUCCAUUGGAUGGUGAGCGACAUCAAGCUCGCCAACAUUAGGGGUCUCGACCAUGCUUUUCGUGAAUAUUUAACAUGGAGUGAUUUUGCUGCGCACAAUAAGAUCAUUUAUUUUGAUCUCGUUGAUGAUGGAUUCAAAAUAUUGCCCCCUCCUAAGCCGCUUAAUCCGGAAGAAGAAGACGCAGUAGUUGGUACGGGAAUCAUAGAUGGAUGUUUUUGCAUGGCUCGAAGGGACAAAAAGAGGCAAGUGAUCCAAGUUUCACUUAUGAAAGAAUAUGGAAAACAAGAGUCUUGGAUCACCGCCUUUGCAAUCUCCUUAUUGCCAUUUGGACCACAUGGUGAUUACCACCUCAAGUUUUUGUCUCAAAAUGGAAUGCUAUUCAUAUUGGUGAAGGGUAAUUAUUACCAGAAAACAUUUGUGUAUGAUGUCAAAGAAGACAAACUAGAACAGAUGUUGCUUUUCCGCGGUGUUAGAGAUGCAUUCGGCAUUUCUGGUAUUUGUUUUUACAUUGAAAGUUUUUAGUUGCCAAAUGGUGUGAGUUGGAGGGAUGGUCGAUGAUGAGCACAUAUGCAGGUAGGUUUUGAAAUGUUUUGAAAUAUUUGUACUUAUUCUUAUGACUAAAUAAAUAUU